AUGGUGCAGCAGACCAACACGGCGGAGAACACGGAGGCGCUGCUGGCCGCCGAGACCUCCGACUCCGGGGCCGGCAUCGAGCUGGGCAUCGCCUCCUCCCCCACGCCGGGCUCCACCGCCUCCACGGGGGGUAAGGCGGAUGACCCGAGUUGGUGCAAGACGCCCAGCGGGCACAUAAAGCGGCCCAUGAAUGCCUUCAUGGUAUGGUCACAGAUCGAGCGGCGAAAGAUCAUGGAGCAGUCCCCCGACAUGCACAACGCCGAGAUCUCCAAGCGCCUGGGCAAGCGCUGGAAGCUGCUCAAGGACAGCGACAAGAUCCCCUUCAUCCGGGAGGCGGAGCGGCUGCGCCUCAAGCACAUGGCGGACUACCCUGACUACAAGUACCGGCCCAGGAAGAAGGUGAAGUCGGGCAACAGCUCCGCCAAGCCCGGCGACAAGGCGGACAAGGGCGGCGGGGGCGGCGCCGGCGGGGGCAGCGCGGGCGGCGGCUCCGGCGGCCCCGCGGCCCCCGCCAAGCCCGCCCCGAAGAAGGGCGGUGGCGGCGGCUCCAAGCCCUCCCCCGCGGGCAGCGGCGGCGCGGGCGCGGGCGGCAAGCCCCACGGCAAGGCGGCGGGGGGCAAGGCCGCCCCGUUCCCCGGAGAGCCGUCGGCCGCGCUGCUGCCGCCCGAGCACCAGGCGCUCUACAAGCCCCGGGGAGCGGCGGGCGCGCCCUCGGGACCCGGCAAGCCGCUGGCCGAGAAGAAGCUGAAGCGUGUCUACAUCUUCGGGAGCGGGCAGGCGGCGGCCGCCUCCGCCUCUCCCGGCGGCGCCGUGCCCGGCAGCCCCACGCUGAGCACCUCGGCGGAGGCCGGCGACCCCUUGAGCCUCUACGAGGAGGGGGGCGGCGGCGCGGGCCGGCCCGACGGGGACUGCGGCGGCGUCGCCUGCCCCUCGCCCUCCGGCUCCGGCUCGCCCUCGGAUCACCGCAGCUACACCAGCUUGCGCGCCUCCUCCCCGGCCCCCUCGACGGCGCAUUCCUCCUCCGCGUCCUCCCACUCCUCCUCUUCUUCCUCCUCCGGCUCCUCUUCGUCGGACGACGAGUUUGAGGACGACCUCUUGGACCUGAACCCCAGCCCCGGCUUUGAGAGCAUGUCCCUGGGCAGCUUCAGCUCCUCGGUGCUCGACCGGGACCUGGAUUUUAACUUCGAGCCCGGCUCGGGCUCGCACUUUGAGUUCCCGGACUAUUGCACGCCGGAGGUAAGUGAGAUGAUCUCGGGGGACUGGCUGGAGUCCAGCAUUUCCAACCUGGUCUUCACUUACUGAGGCGAGAGCCGGGCCCUGCUGGAGGAGACACCGGCGCCAGGACUGGCCCACUCCGCCGGGCGCUUUUGUGUCUUUUCUGUUUUGUUUGGUGGGUUUUUGUUGGUUGGUUGGUUGGGGUUUUUUGUUUGUUUUGUUUGUUUGUGUUGGGGUUUUUGUUUUUGGUGGUGUUUUUUUGUUUUGUUUUGUUUUUUUUUUAAUGGGGGAGGAAGUCUUUUGUUUGUUUCUGGGAAGGGGCUGUUGGAAGACCGCUUCUUGAGCUCGGGGAAGGAGCGGGAUCGCCCUCUCCCUGCAGGAAGGCCAGCAGUCCCCUUCCUCCGGCUGCAGAGGGACCCGCACACACCCCCUCCGACAGAGGAGUCUGACGGUGCGUUUUGAGAGACUGGCGGGAGCCAGACGUUGUCCUUUUCCCUUUUUUUAUUUCCUGAAAAGAGAGACAGAGAAAGGGGGAGGGAGGGGGAAACCACACACACCUCUGGGUUCUUUGUUAUUGCCCAUUUUAUACGAAUAAAGAGGAAGGGGGAGCGAUGUGUUGUGCUGAGCGCACAUUGGAUGUCUUGAGCAUUCGCCCUUGCCUGUGAAAGAGCGAUCAGAACUGCUUGGGGAAAAAAAAAAAAGAGAAAAUCCACCCAGAUCCUUGGCAAGGUUCACAUUUGUGGGGAGAAAUCCUGUUCCGGUUUCUUCUGCAGUGAGAGGAGGCAACAAUGCUGGGAGGAGGAAGUGGAUGGAGCUGGACUGAGAUCCUAGUUAAGCGGAGAAGAGCCAGACUUACACUUGAGAGCUGUCUUGGAAAUACGGUGGGGGGAAAUAAUAAUAAACUGAAAUGGAUUUGCACGUACAGAUAAGGUGGUGGCAGCUUUUUUUUUAGUCACCUCAUGUAAUAUGUAGAGAGAAAAAUAAGGCUGAAACUUCAAGAACCCUGAAAACUUCUUUUGAAACAGACCGAAUGGGAACAGUUUCUGUGAUGAUGUGGUACAGGGGAAACGGAGGGCGAUGGCUUUUGCAAAAAAAAAAAAAAAAAAAAAAAAAAAAAAAAAAAAAGAAAAUACAAAAAAAGAAAAUACAAAAAAAAAAAGAGUAGGUUUUUUUUUUCUUCUUACUCAGAAUCGUGAUGGUGUUGGAUUAUUUCACUGGUGGGGUUUAAUAUAGCAUGUUAUACUGUCUAUCUUUUCAAGAUUUCUGUAAGACUGUUGAACAGUUUAAAAGAAACAAAACUAGUGUUAGGAUAAUAUAAAAGCAGAUAGAUGGCGCUAUGUUUGAUUCCUACAAAAAUAUCACCAGCUUUUUUUCAUUCUUAACUCUUUAAAGGAUUCAAACGCAACUCAAAUCUGUGCUGGACUUCAAAAAAAAUGAAAAUUCAGGACCAAAUUUUUUUCUCAGAGUAUGUAUGUGUUUGUUCCUUAUAGCUGUAAAUGAAAAGACUGUUUUUUCUCACCGAUGCUCCAUCCUCGUAUUGUUUGGUUUUUUUUUCCUUGUAAAUGUAAUCGGAUGCCAUUUUAUAAGUGGACGUAUUUAUACUGGCCAAACAUUUUUGACUUUGUAUUUCUUUGUCCUUUUUUGGUAGUUCUCGUUGUUACCCGCACCAUUUUUAUGUCUCCUUCACUGAAGGGCUAGAGUUUUAACUUUUAAUUUUUUAUAUUUAAAUGUAGACUUUUGACACUUUUAAAAACAAAAAGAGAAGAGAGAUGAAAACGUUUGAUUAUUUUCUCAGUGUAUUUUUGUAAAAAAUAUAUAAAGGGGGUGUAAAUCGGUGUAAAUCGCUGUUUGGAUUUCCUGAUUUUAACAACAGGGCCGCUGGUUAGUAUCUCACACGCGUGUGCGCGCUCACGCUCACUCACACUCUCACGCACCCACGAAUCAGCCCCUAUUUUGUCCAUGUUUACACUCCAAUCUGCAGGCAUCUUAAAGUGACAGCAUCCCUCACCACCCCCGCCACUGCCCGCUCCGCAGCCCCCCGCCUCUCCGCGGAGGGGGCAGGCAGGGGGCCCGGGGAAGGGAUUUACACUGUAUGCUACCGUUUUGGGGAGCCACCUGUCCCCGGAUGAAGUGAAGCAACUGGUGCAUUUACACAGAAGGGAUCCUGUACCUUUAACUUGUAAACCACAUCUUUUGCACUUUUUUUCUAAGCAAAAACGUGCCGUUUAAACCACUGGAUCUAUCGAAAUGCCGGUUUGAGUUCGCGACACUAUGUACUGCAUUUUUCAUUCUUGUAUUUGACUAUUUAAUCCUUUCUAUUUGUCGCUAAAUAUAAUUGUUUUAGUCUCUUAUGGCAUGAUGAUAGCAUAUGUAUUCAGGUUUAUAGCUGUUGUGUUUAAGAUGAAGAAAGUGAAAACAUCUUUGUACAUUUAAGUCUGUAUUAUAAUAAGCAAAAAAGAAGAUUGUGUGUUUAUGUAUGUUAAUAUAACAUGACAGGCACUAGGACGUCUGCCUAAUGAGGUGGUUCCGUUAAGGGUUUAACUUUUUUGUUCUUUUUUUUUUUGUUGUUCUUUUUUUGGUCAUCCAUCCUGUGCAAUAUGCUGUGUAGACUUUUUUUUUCUUCUUUUUGUCUAUGAUCACCCACAACACGAGGUGGGGAAAGGAAAAAAAAAAGAAAAAAAAAUCAUGCCAGCUAACCAUGUCAAGUUCACUGCCUGUCAGAUUGUUGAUAUACCUUCUGUAAAUAACCUCUCU